GGGUUCUGCUGACGCCAGCGGGUCGCCGGCCGAGCGCGGGGGGGGAGGGGACCGGGGAGACGUGUCCGGUGCCGCCGAGGGAGACAGGCCGGAGGCCGGGGAGCCUUCCGGUCAGCCAUCGGGGAGCCGGCGAGACUUCCGGUCAGCCAUCGGGGAAACUCCGAGCCCGGGGCGGCAGAGGUUAUGAGCCUCAAUGAAUACGCGAAGACGUCACGGUCCCUCCAGUACUGAUCAGGGAGUGUACCUCGGGCCAACACAGACACAAGUACUCUCCUCCAGCUCCUCCUCGUCAGCCCCCGCCUCUUCCAUUCUCGAGGACAACAUGUCGUGUCGCGAUCGCACGCAGGAGUUCUUCGCUGCCUGCAAGUCAAUGCAGAGCAGACAGAAUGGAUUACCGGUUAACAAACCUCACCUGAAUGCAGUGCGUCAGCGGAGUGAAUUCACGGUCAUGGCCAAACGAAUUGGCAAAGAUUUGAGUAACACAUUCUCCAAACUGGAAAAGCUCACUAUACUUGCAAAGCGCAAAUCACUCUUCGAUGACAAAGCAGUUGAAAUUGAAGAACUGACCUACAUCAUCAAACAGGAUAUCAACAGCCUGAACAAACAGAUCGCACAACUGCAAGACUUUGUCAGAGCCAAGGGGAGCCAAAACGGGCGGCACUUACAGACACAUUCCAACACCAUCGUGGUCUCACUGCAGUCCAGACUGGCCUCCAUGUCAAACGACUUCAAAUCGGUUCUUGAAGUGAGGACAGAGAACCUCAAAAUGCAACGGAACAGGAGAGAACAGUUUUCACUAGCCACGGUAUCCAGUCUCCCUCCUUCGGCCGCUAAUGGUUAUGGUGGGUCGGUGCUGCUGAAGGACGACGCACGCAGGUCAGGGGACGUCGCCAUUGACAUGGACGCCAGGUCCAGCCAGCAGCUGCAGCUCAUCGACGAGCAGGAUUCCUACAUCCAGAGCAGAGCAGACACCAUGCAGAACAUUGAAGCCACCAUCGUCGAGCUGGGCUCCAUAUUCCAGCAGCUGGCCCACAUGGUCAAGGAACAGGAGGAGACCAUACAGAGGAUCGACACCAACAUCGAGGACACCCAGCUGAACGUGGAGGCAGCUCACUCAGAGAUCCUGAAGUACUUCCAGUCUGUUACCUCCAACCGCUGGCUCAUGAUCAAGAUCUUCCUCAUCCUCGCCGUCUUCUUUGUUGUGUUCGUGGUGUUCCUGGCCUAGAACCGCUCCUGGAGCCCCCACCUGCGUGCUCUCCUCCUCCGCGGAUGGUGCUGAAGGACACGGAAGGGCACGCGGCGGGAUCGACCUUGGAAUCCAAUGGCGCUGCUGUCUUUGGGGUGUUGCUGGUCUCGGCCAGCCGCCCCCUUUACCCAUUCUAACCCCACCGGUGCCAGCUGUGGCCCGCGAUGAGCCAAAAAUGCUGGAAGUGUGCAGCGGGCCCACGGACAUCAGUUACUGUGACCACUCUCACUCCUUCCCUCAGUCUGUCCCUCUCCCUCGCCCUGUUCAUAGUGUUUUCUUCUCUGUAGACCGCCGAGCCAGCUGGACCCUUCGUUGCUGUUGGAAGUCGCUGAGGAGGUUAACUUUCCCCGGCAAGGACAGCUGUUCAUUCAGACUUUGCCGACAAUCGUGGCCGUCUGUCAGUGGCAACUGAAUUCCUUGUUAAGUCCAAGGAUCGGCACCGAAGAGGCAUCUUGAAGUUUGGCGGUUACCAGCAGCUCAAGAUGACCAGGGACUGCUGAUCUGAUUUGCGACUUUGAGCUGUAUAUUCAGGGUCUAAUUUAAACUUCAUCUUCUCCUCCCUCUAAAAUCAAGGUGAUGUGUUCUUCACACUUUAAUUUUGUAACAGGGACUGGGACUAGACCAGAGACUUUGAGUGAACCUACCUGGGUCCCCCAUCUUUCCCAGAAAAAGAAUCCCCCCCCCCCCCCCCCCCACCGCACCACCAUAUCUCUUGCAUUUUAUUUUCCAUCCUUUGUGUCAAAGCCGCUAACUGGUUCUCAAGGUGCCCUGAAUUGGAGGCCAGUUGGUAAAAACUGGGUCGUUCCAUCACGAACAGUGUUUCCAUAUUAAUGACCCCUCUCUGCUGCUCUCUCAGAUCCACCCAGUUAAGAAAGUGUGCUGGUUACUCGAUAGCCAAGGAGAUACCAAGAAAAUGAGUCCUGACAAUGCUCCGGAUGAUUCUGUAAAUUGUCUACCUUCGACAAAUAAAUGAAAUUUUCUGCUGAGGGUUAGCUAACCACGGUCAGUAACCAUUUUGUUAUUUCUGCAGGGAGCGAGCAGUCUGUCUGGUUGUCUUGUCCCCUCACCAUCAGUUCCAGAGUAGAGUAUCAGCAAGGGAGGAGAAAGGGCUUGCUUCUCUCCCCAUUUCAAUGGAAGGUGCAGAGUUGGCCGUUCAACCCUCCUGAUUGUCGAGCACCCAUUCUCCCCGCAUUCCCAGCAAAUUCCCCCCCCCCCCCCCACACACAC